GAGUGCGAGUUCGGGUGUCUGGGGCGGACAGCAGGGCAGAAAGGAGAUUGCGGGCGCACUCUGAGGCGACAUGAGAAGAGUUGCACGGCCGAGAAGGGAGCGUUGAGCAAGGCGGCAGUCAGCAUCGCUUUCCGGGGGACAGAGUUGCGGCAGGCCAGCGAGCAGACAUCAGCUCCGGGAGCAGAGCUCCGGUUCGUGGACGUGACGUGGAUCGUAUUUUGGCGCAGUAUAGUUUGCUUGUCGGUCAAGAUGAAGCGUCAGUCACCACCACAGCAAAAUAGGAGGAGGAGCAAGCAGCACCAGAAAACUCCGCCCAUGACGUCAGCAUCAGUAGGUCCCAGCAUGUCCCGGUCCACGCACGUGAAGGCCUCGGACUCGUCAACGCAGGAUCCUGUAGCUCAGCUUCUCUGCAUGCUGGAGCAGGAUAGCCAGGUGUUAAUGUCGGUGCCAGAGGCUGCGCUUGACGGGGCUUCACAGUACUGGGCUCCUUCAUACGCACCGUCCACUGAUCAUAAUCUCACAAGGGACAUCCCGCCAUCCGUGCAAGAACAGCAGGCUAACAGCACUGGUGUGGAUGUCGUGGAUUAGAAGAUACUGACCACCGCUUCACCUCAUCUGUUACUAUUCGCCUCAAGCUAUGUGUUAACAGUUAGUUGAGAGGCUACUGUAUUUUGAAACUUCCAAGUCCUACAUGGAUAUGUUUUCAACCACUGUGUUAGUGCUGGAAAAUGUGCUCAAAAAUAUUAAAGUGAAAUUUUCUGACUAUGAGUGGGAUGAACUGUGUCACGUAAAAACACAAAUCAAGAGUCAUAUGACUACCAAAUAUUAUCCAUCCCACUCCUACCAGGACAUGUACUGUGGUAGUCUGUGAGUAUUCUAUCAGUGUAUGAUGAUGCUGCUACAGUAAAAAUUGAAAGUGCUGAUGGCUAUAGUAUUUUCAUGCAUCACCCCACUGUUGAUAACUUGUUCAAUUUAGACACGACUCUAACUAGUACGAUAGAGAGACUAAAUAGAUGGUGCCCAUAUGUUCAGGCAGUGUACACUGACAUCAUUAACUGGCUUCACACAUGUAGCAUCCACAUAGAUGAUAUAUACAUACUAAAACAAUGUUCUAUAACACCAGUGCCCAAGUCUUGUGCUAUUCCUCGAAUAAGUGUUGAAAAUGUAGAACUCAAAUUUAGUGAUGGAAUGCCAGACUAUUGUAAUUCACCCAUUACAUUACGACAUAUACGUGCUGAACUUCAAGCAUACAAGAAGCAGCUAUUUUCCAAAUACUGUACUUCGGCAUGAGAAAAAAAUCAGUACAUUCAUUUUUAAGCAGUG